AUGAGAGGUGGGCCUCGAGUGUUAUCAAAUCACUGUCCGAUGAUUGUUGAAGAUACAAGGGUGAGUGGGAGCCCAAGACCAUUUAGAAGUUUGGACUCUUGGUUCACAUAUGAGGGAUUUCUGAGGAUGGUGAAAGAGGAAUGGAGGAGCUUGAGGGAUUAUCAAUUCACAAGCAAGCUGACAAUACCAUUGAGAAAGUGGCAUAGAGAAAACUUUGGUGACAUGGAUGAUAGAAUAAAGAGAUUUGAGGAUGAGAUAAAAAAGAUUGAUGAUAUGAUUGAUAGAGAAGAGGCUACAGCAUUGGAAGUAAUGCCCUUUGCUGCGAAAAUUAAAAAGGUAGUUUGGGAUUGUGAGUCGACUAAAGCUCCAGGCAAUGGCAGGUAUAACAUGAACUUUAUCAAAAAGUAUUGGGAUGAGAUUGGUAAAGAAUUCACUCCAGCUGUAAUAGGGUUCUUCGAAAGUGCUAAAUUACCAACGGAUGCGAAUGUAAUGUAUGUGGCAUUGGUGCCAAAAUUUGCAGGUGCGAAGGAGAUCAAAGACCUUCAACUAAUUAGUAUGGUUGGAUGUGAGUACAAGGUGAUAUCGAAGGUAUUGGUGAAAAGGAUGAGGUCAGUGAUAUCAGGUUUAGUGGGAGAGACACAUAAUGCAUUUGUGAAGGGACAGAAAAAACACAACAAAGCACUCAUUGCAUGUGAAACGGUUCAAUGA